GUUUCAGGCACAGAUUUAAAGCUUAAACAUUGGAACAGGAUUACCACCCGCACCUCUUUAGGGAUGGCGGCUUGUAUGUGUACACAAACAUACACACACAAACGCAUACGCCCCUCUUGAAAAGCAGUACAGAUAAGCUCUCCUACGAUCGAUUCGGGACUAAUGAGGUCGUUUGCAUUUCACAAUCUGAUAUCUCAUCACUGGAUAUAAAAAGGGAAAAAGCUUACCACUCCCUUCUCACUGGUAUCCAUCAUCUUGUCCAUUCUUACGCAUGUUGAAGCAACUUUUGGACGUCAACCUUGUGUGGUUUACCAGUUUGAUUCUCAAUGUACUUGCUGGCUAUCAUAUGAACCACCCUCUUCCAUCAAGUAACAAAGAGCACGAGAGGCCAUUUCAUGCUGAUGAAGUGACUCCGAACUUACCUGGUUUGACUAAUCAUGGUAAAGCAGUAGAAAAGGAAUUGGAAAGUCAUUUGCAACAAGGUUUGCGUCCUUCAAAAGUAGGAGAAGCAAGAGUUAGAAAUUUGUGGGAGCACGGAAAGACUGCAGAAUAUGAAAGAAAUAAAAGGCAUGUGAAAAGUUUACAACUAAAGAAACAAAUCCAAAAAGAAAGUCGUACUUUCUUUGGUAGAAUACGUUUAAGACGUGAAGGCAUCCAAAAACUGGCAGAAGACAAUAAGAUCGAAAAGGAUCAAUUUCGACAAACUCUUCGUGAUAUCGCUCACGAUACUAAAAUACACCGAAAACUUCAUACUAUCGGUACAAAAGAUUUCAAUCAUAUAAACAAGCCUAAAUAUAAGAUAUCAAAAACGUUAGGUUAUGAUUCUGAUGGAAAUUCAAAAGGUUCUUCUUUCGGCUACAGAGAUAAACCUCCUAGUCCAAGCGAAUCAAACGAAAUUUUCUCACGCCCUACACGCAAUACCCCCCCUCCUGCUUCCAGCUCUUCUUCAAGUUCUAUUCCUUCACUUCCUGCGUCUAGCCGUGAUCCUUUUUCAAGUAGCUCAGAUAAUACUUCUUCUCAUAUGUCUCAUGCAAGUUCCACAGCAACAUCUAGACUUCAAUCCCAAAGAAAAAGGUCGAUCCAGGCUUGGUUCUCCGACUCAAACUCAUAAAGCAGGAGCGUCAAAUAAGCCCCGAUACUCUACCAUUAUAGCGUCCUCUUUUGUGUUCCCAUGUUCUUCCUGAUUAUCAUCUACCAAAAAUUGAUUUGAAAAAAAGCAAGACCUUCAUCACCUUUGUAGCCUCGGUGUAAAAAAACGGAUACUUUAUUCUGAUACUCGAUUUAAUCAAGGGAAGAAACUGUGUCCCUUGGUUUUGUAAAUUUGAUCAUGACU